AUGGCACUCAUCAUCAAAAGCCACCUCCUGGUUUUACUAUUCCUUCCAGCUCUCAUCAACUUCACCUUCACCCAGGCCGCAUGGUUUAAGGUCACAAACAGUUGCCCCUACACGGUGUGGGCGGCUGCCAUCCCUGUAGGAGGAGGCCGACAGUUGAACCCCGGCGAGAGGUGGAGCUUCGGCAUAGCAUCAGGAACUGGCGAUGCUCGCAUAUGGGGCCGAACCAACUGCAACUUUGACUGGUCGGGACGUGGGCACUGCGAGACCGGUGAUUGUGGAGGCCAGCUCAAUUGCCAACUCUCCGGCCAACCACCGGCCACCCUGGCGGAGUUCUCACUUAACACAUGGAAUAAUAUGGACUUCUAUGAUAUCUCAGUGAUAGAUGGCUUCAAUGUUCCGAUGGAGUUCAGUCCAACCUCUAAUUGCCCUCGCCUCCGAUGCUACGGCGAUCAGUGCCCUGAUGCUUAUCUUGACCCAGAGGACAAUACUAAAACUCAUGGUUGCCAAUCAGGAACCAACUAUAGGGUCGUCUUUUGCCCUUAA